GGCGCUUCUCCGGUAUAUGCAGUACUACGACAUCCACACAUUUCAGCGUCCUUAAUAUGAUACUCAUGCCGAAAUUUCUUAGCAUUAGCAGGGAAAACCGCCUGAACUGUGCUUCGGCCCCAAUUCCUGUCAGGGAAAAAGUUAUAUAAACCUGCCCUUUCUCCCUGAAGUUGACUUGUUUCCCUUUCUUUUCUCUUUUUCUCACUCUAGUAGUUAUACACAAAUAUAUAUAUUAUGUCCGCUAUCAGAUCCAUCCGUUCUGCCAGACAGACUUUGUCUGCUCGUUCAUCUUUGAUGGGCGUUCGUUCUUACGCCACUGCUGAACCAACCUUGAAGGAAAGAUUCGCAGAGUUGUUGCCAGAAAAGCAGGAAGAAAUCAGGAAGUUGAAGGCUGAGCACGGAAAGACCGUCAUCGGUGAAGUCUUGUUGGAACAAUCGUACGGUGGUAUGAGAGGUAUCAAGGGUUUGGUUUGGGAAGGCUCUGUCUUGGAUGCUGAUGAAGGUAUUAGAUUCAGAGGUAGAACUAUCCCAGACAUCCAGAAGGAAUUGCCAAAGGCCCCAGGUGGUAACGAGCCAUUGCCAGAAGCUUUGUUCUGGUUGUUGUUGACUGGUGAAGUCCCAACUGCUGCUCAGACCAAGGCUUUGUCCGCUGAAUUCGCUGCCAGAUCCGCCUUGCCAAAGCACGUCGAAGAAUUGAUCGACCGCGCCCCAGCCCACUUGCACCCAAUGGCCCAAUUCUCCAUUGCCGUCACCGCUUUGGAAUCCGAAUCCCAAUUCGCCGCUGCUUACGCCAAGGGUGCUAACAAGAAGGACUACUGGAAGUACACCUACGAAGACUCCAUUGAGUUGUUGGCCAAGUUGCCAAACAUUGCUGCCAGAAUCUACAGAAACGUCUACAAGGACGGUAAGGUUGCUGCUGUCAACCCUAGCUUGGACUACUCUGCCAACUUGGCCUCCAUGUUGGGUUUCGGUGAGAAUGCCGAAUUCGUUGAGUUGAUGAGAUUGUACUUGACCAUCCACUCUGACCACGAAGGUGGUAACGUUUCCGCCCACACCACCAAGUUGGUCGGUUCCGCUUUGUCCUCUCCAUUCUUGUCUUUGGCCGCUGGUCUUAACGGUUUGGCUGGUCCUUUGCACGGUCGUGCUAACCAGGAAGUUUUAGAAUGGUUAACCAACAUGGACAAGGAAUUGGGGGGUGACUUUUCCACCGAAAAGAUUGAAGCUUUCUUGUGGGAGACUUUGAACGCUGGUCGUGUCGUUCCGGGUUACGGCCACGCCGUCUUGAGAAAGACGGAUCCCCGCUACACCGCUCAGCGUGAGUUCGCCUUGAAGCACUUGCCAGACUUCCCAAUGUUCAAGUUGGUUUCCCAGAUCUACAAGGUCGCUCCAAGAGUCUUGACCGAGCACGGUAAGACCAAGAACCCAUGGCCAAAUGUGGAUUCUCACUCCGGUGUCUUGUUGCAGUACUAUGGUUUGACUGAAGAAUCCUUUUACACUGUCUUGUUCGGUGUCUCCCGUGCCUUCGGUGUCUUGCCACAAUUGAUCAUCGACCGCGCCGUCGGUAUGCCAAUUGAAAGACCAAAGUCCUUCUCCACCGAAAAGUACAUUGAGUUGGUCACCGGCUUGAAGAAGUAAGCUCAUUUGUCUAAAAUGAAUACUCUUCUCACUCACGAAUUUUCUUCUCUUUGUACAACGUUUACGG